CAAAAGAAGAAACUGAAUCUUUCCCAUUCUUUAUGCAUAGGGGGAACCAAUUUAGCUGAAAAAAGCAAAGAAAGGAGGCUCCGAGUGAUCCAAAACAGUACCUACUAAUAUGCCCAUUACUACACAGCCUGUAAGAGCUCUUCGAAACCUCUUAAGAAGCCGACAAUUGGAGAUAAUUCCAAGCACCCCAUGUGAGUGAGACUCAUCCCUUUUAGUCUCCUUACAUCUUUCUCAGUUUCACUGCCUUCUUUCUCUGCUUUGUUCUGCUGCUAUCUCAUACAAUCUCUGUGCCUGCUCUUAUUUGUAGCCACUUUGUCGAGAAAAUUCCAGCUUAAGUUUUCUGGGUUCUCUUCAAAAUCAUGUGGGAUUCAGAGACUGAGUCAGUUGGAGGGAGAGAUUACGGCAAUGGAGUUCUUAGUUCAAGCAAGCACAGUGUUAAGACUGAUGGAUUUGAGCUAAAAGGCAGCUCUUGGUAUGUUGCAACUGAUAUCCCAAGUGACCUGCUAGUUCAAGUUGGAGAUGUGAAUUUUCACUUGCACAAGUAUCCCCUGCUGUCAAGGAGUGGAAAGAUCAACAGAGUUAUGUAUGAAUUACGCGACCCGGACUUGAGUAAGAUAGCUUUGGAUGACCUUCCUGGUGGACCGGAGGCGUUCGAGCUAGCUGCGAAAUUCUGCUAUGGAAUUGCUGUUGAUCUAACAGCAGCUAACAUUUCAGGCCUGAGAUGUGCUGCUGAGUACCUUGAAAUGACAGAGGACUUGGAAGAAGGCAAUCUUAUCUUCAAAACGGAGGCGUUUCUCAGCUAUGUGGUUUUAUCCUCAUGGAGAGACUCCAUAGUUGUGUUGAAAAGCUGUGAGAAGCUCUCACCAUGGGCGGAAAAUCUUCAAAUUGUCCGAAGAUGCAGCGAGUCUAUUGCUUGGAAAGCUUGUGCCAAUCCAAAAGGAAUAAGAUGGGCAUACACUGGAAAGCCACUAAAAGUUUCAAGUCCAAGCUGGAAUGACAUGAAGGACUCAAGUCCAAGUAAAAACCAGCAGGUCCCUCCUGAUUGGUGGUUUGAAGAUGUUUCGAUUCUUAGGAUUGAUCACUUUGUCAGGGUUAUUACUGCAAUUAAGGUAAAGGGGAUGAGAUUUGAACUGAUUGGAGCUGCAAUAAUGCAUUAUGCAUCCAAAUGGCUUCCGGGUUUAAUAAAUGAUGGCGCGGCUGCAGCAGAUGAAGGAAGCAACAGCAGCAAUAAUAAUACCAGUAAUAGUGGCAGCAGUUGGAAGGGUGGACUCCAUUUGAUUGUGGCAGGAAAUAAAGAUGAGCCUCCAAGUGUUCAGGCCAAAGAUCAACGGAUGAUCAUUGAGAGCCUCAUCAGUAUAAUUCCACCACAGAAGGAUAGUGUCUCAUGCAGCUUCCUUCUUCGGCUUUUGAGAAUGGCAAACAUGUUGAAAGUAGCACUUGCUUUGGUUACUGAGCUGGAAAAACGCGUGGGAAUGCAGUUCGAACAGGCUACAUUGGCGGAUCUUCUUAUUCCUUCUUACAAUAAAAGUGAAACUAUGUAUGAUGUGGAUCUUGUUCAAAGGCUUCUGGAGCAUUUUCUGGUUCAAGAACAAACAGAUAUUUCAAGUCCAAGCCAACAAUCUUUCCCUGGAAAACACUAUGAUGACAUUCAAAGGGGUACAGGCCCAAAUGCUAAGAUGAGGGUAGCUAGGCUUGUCGAUAGUUAUCUUACCGAGGUAUCCAGAGAUAGAAGCCUCUCCCUAACAAAGUUUCAGGUGCUGGCAGAAGCUUUGCCUGAUUCUGCAAGGAUCUGUGAUGAUGGACUUUAUAGAGCAAUUGAUUCCUAUCUUAAGGCCCAUCCUACACUUUCUGAGCAUGAAAGGAAGAGGCUUUGCCGAGUGAUGGAUUGCCAAAAGUUAUCAAUUGAUGCCUGCAUGCAUGCUGCCCAAAAUGAAAGACUCCCAUUAAGGGUGGUGGUGCAAGUUCUUUUCUCUGAACAAGUUAAAAUAAGCAAUGCAUUAGCCACCAGCUCCCUCAAAGAAGCUGGAGAAUCUCAGUAUCAGCCAAUGGUUUCGAAUCGAAAAACACUACUCGAAGGGACCCCGCAAUCAUUCCAAGAAGGAUGGGCAGCAGCUAAAAAAGACAUCAACACGGUAAAGUUCGAACUGGAGAGUGUCAAAGCCAAGUACCUUGAGCUCCAGAAUGACAUGGACAACUUGCAGAGACAAUUUGAUAAGAUGUCAAAGCAGAAACAGACAUCCGCAUGGAGCAGUGGAUGGAAGAAACUAAGCAAACUCACAAAGACCACGAACUUAGAAAAUCAGCACAACAUUGGGACUGAGCACCAAGCAGCUGUAGAUCAGCAGAAUAGAAAGACACCUAGGAGGUGGAGAAAUUCGAUUUCCUGAAAACAAAAAGACAGAUUGAAGGAAAGAGAUAUACAUCUACAUGUUUGAAUUUGUGUUCCAAAGGUUUUCUUUUAUUAUUUGGGGGCUUCUUCCCUUUUUAUUUCAACAGGAGUUGGGAGACUUCUUUUCUGAACACCUGUAUCACUAAAAUCUGAUUUUUUUAAUUAUGUGAGUGAUUUCUCCAUGUAUGCUCUAGGGAAUUUGUUUUCAAGGGGUAAAGAAGCUAAAUAUGUGGCUUCGACUUAUAUUCCAUUCAA